ACAAAUCACCACCGGAAAAUGGCAACAAUAAAUAAAUCUCCCUCCUCUUCUCCCAUCUACAUCUCUUCACUUCUUCUCUCACGCGCUCUGUCUCUCAGAGGAAAGCGGAGCUUCGAGGAUUUGGAAUUAGGGUUUUAAUGGCGGGAGGAGGGAUCGGAGUCGGCGAAGUGGGAAGAAGAGCGGAGUACUAUGAAGGGGGAGUCACUCUCUUCUUCGUAUUGGCGGUCAUCGUUGGAUCUCUUGGAGGAUCUCUGUUCGGCUAUGAUCUUGGCGUCUCCAGCGGGGUGACAUCCAUGGAUGAUUUCUUAAAAGAGUUCUUCCCCAAAACGUACGACAGAAAGCACGCGCAUCUCCACGAAACAGACUACUGCAAAUACGACAACCAGAUACUAACCCUCUUCACAUCUUCCCUCUACUUCGCCGGCCUCCUCUCCACCUUCGCCGCAUCACCCGUCACGAGGAAAUAUGGAAGGAGAGCCAGCAUCUUAACCGGCGCAGUCAGCUUCUUCCUCGGAGGCGUUGUCAAUGCAGCAGCCGUCAACAUUUUCAUGCUCAUCGUCGGCCGAAUCUUUCUCGGCAUCGGUAUCGGUUUCGGAAAUCAAGCCGUCCCUCUCUACCUAUCCGAGAUCGCACCCCCGAAGAUCAGAGGGGCCGUGAAUCAACUCUUCCAGCUAACCACCUGUCUAGGUAUUCUCGUCGCCGAUUUCAUCAACUACUUCACCGAAAAGAUCCACCCCUGGGGAUGGCGGCUCUCCCUCGGCCUCGCGGUUUUGCCGGCAACCCUAAUGUUCUUCGGCGGUUUAUUUCUCCCCGAGACACCCAACAGUCUGGUGGAGCGAGGAAGACUGGAGGAAGCGAGGAGGAUUCUGGAGAAGGUGAGAGGGACCAAGAAGGUGGAUGCGGAGCUGGAGGAUCUGAAGGAUGCGAGCGCUGCCUCGCAGGCGGUGAAGCACCCAUUCCGCAAUAUACUGAAGCGAAAGAACCGGCCCCAGCUCAUUAUCGGCGUUCCAGCUUUCCAGCAGCUCACCGGACAGAAUUCCAUACUCUUCUAUGCUCCUGUGAUCUUCCAGAGCCUGGGAUUUGGAUCUGGUGCGGCGCUCUACUCUUCCAUUAUCACCGGCUCCAUGCUCGUUAUCGGCGCUAUUGUUUCCAUGCUGCUCGUCGAUAGGCUUGGCAGGCGUUUCCUCUUCAUGGAAGCUGGUAUUCAGAUGAUCAUCUCAAAUUUGAUUGUAGGCAUAACUCUGGCUCUGGAGUUCGGUCGUGGCACCGUUCUAUCCAAAGGUGUAUCGGUGCUUCUUGUCGUCUCAAUCUGCGCAUUCGUGGCAGCUUUCGGCUGGUCAUGGGGUCCUCUCGGGUGGUUGGUGCCGAGUGAGCUCUUCCCCUUGGAGACAAGGCCGGCGGGUCAGAGCAUCGUCGUUUGUAUCAACCUUUUCUGCACCGCACUUGUCGCUCAGUGCUUCCUCGCGGCAUUAUGCCACCUCCGCUUCGGCGUUUUCAUCCUCUUCGCUUGUUUGAUUGCGAUCAUGUCUUUGUUCAUCUACUUCCUGCUGCCGGAGACGAAGCAGGUGCCGAUUGAAGAGAUCUACCAGCUCUGGGAGCAGCACUGGUUCUGGAAGAAGAUAGUGAUUGACGAGGCUUCAAAGGAGACUCGGCAACCACCACCACCACAAGUGUAGUUAACCAAUACCAACUGUGGAUAUUGAAUAAAGCCUAUGUUUUUCUCACGAUGUUAUGAUUUCUUAUUUGAAACAGCAUGCUUUAUAAAUUGUGGAUGGAAUGUGUUUAUGAAAUGCAUAUAUUUUCUGCAUUGGUUACAAUGUUCAUGUCACUGUUUUUGUGCGGCAAUAUAUAUUGAUUCUAUGAAGCAGAUUGAGCAUUUACUUUUAUGAGUCUGAGUCCAUUGUUCUUCGUAGCAUAUAAUUCUUCAUGUUUUAUAAUUAGAGAGCGAUUAUGGUGCAACACCAUCUUAUAAUUCAAGCAUUAUUAUCUUGAAAAAAGUAUUUGGUCAAAAAAGAAGACUCAUAUAAUAUACUAUAUAUCUUGGCAUACACCUUUUUUGGGUGCACAUGAAAACAAAUAGGACUAUAUCAGCAUAAACAUU